AUGCUUCUUGUUUCUGUUAUAACAGUACUUCAGGAUUGUUAUGGUGUUCCGUAUGUUCCGGAGGGCCAGUGGCUGUGCCGCCGUUGCCAGAUGUCGCCGUCGACGCCAGUUUCCUGUGUCCUCUGUCCAAGUUCGCAUGGCGCUUUCAAGCAAACGGUUGACAAUAACUGGGCUCAUGUUGUCUGUGCUCUUUGGUUAAAUGAGGUCCAUUUUGCGAAUAGUGUCUUUAUGGAGCCGAUCGAUGGAGUGGCGAAUUCGCUAAGACGGCGCUGCAAAUUGAGAUGUAUUGUUUGUAAGAAAAAAGUUGGCGCCUGCUUACAGUGUUCCAAGAAGAGUUGUACGCGAUCGUUCCACGUGACGUGUGCAAAUGCGGCAGGCAUGGAUAUGCGAGCUGAAAUAGUGGAUAAUUCGAAGCGUGAUGGAGGAAGUGAAGAUGACAUGAUGAAAAAAGCACGUGAAAAAUUGGCUGCGAGCCAGGCAGUGGUUCCACCAGUUUCUGUUCCCACCGUCCCACGUGAAAGUCUGAUGCGAAUACGUGACAGAGUAGGCAUAAGUGAAGCUGUGCUACGUUUUAUUGUUGCGUAUUGGUCAAUAAAACGGAAAUCACGAUUUGGAGUACCGCUGUUACGACGAUUGAUCCACAGUAAAACACAACCGAAAACGGCGGACGGUUCUCCACGAUCAGAAAAAGAUAUGCAGCUGUCUCCGGACGAUAUCGAAACAUAUAGCACUCGCUUCCUGAGGCAGGACCUGGAGCGUGUUCGCAUCUUAUGUGAAUUGAUCAAAAAACGCGAAAAAUACAAGAAGGAAUUUGUAAGUUUCUCGCUUUAA